UGCCUUAAAAUAGAGGAGAAAACUUAGGGUUAGGAUUUAUUACUUUAUUAUUAUUACUAUAAUAAUUUGAUUAGGUGGCAGUGGAGGCUUAGCGGUUAAGGCUCUGGGUUACUGAUAGGAAAGUCGGGGGUUUGAGCCCCAGCACUGCCAAGCUGCCACUGUUGGGCCCUUGAGCAAGGCCCUUAACCCUCUCUGCUGCAGGGGGCGCUAUAUCAUGGCUGACCCUGCACUCUGACCCCAACUUCCUAACAUGCUGGUGUAUGCAAAUAAAACUGCUGUAAAGUAUACAUGACCAAUAAAGACUCAUUAUUACUUCAAUGGCAUAAUCCAGUUACAUCAACAUUACUGAUUUUAGAUUUUUUUAGUCAGAGACAGACAAAUAUCAAGCAUUAGGGUUAGGGUUCCUAUUGUUAAGUACACAUUUUUACUGUAGGCUAUUUUAAUAAAUUUGGACCAAGAUAGAUAGAUAGAAAGAUAGAUAGAUAGAUAGAUAGAUAGGUAGGUAGAUGGGUAGGUAGGUAGAUAGAUAGAUAGGUAGAUGGGUAGAUAGAUAGAUAGAGUACUUGGAUAGAUUAAAUCUGAGUUGUAACUCAGACACAAUGCAGAAACACGUCACUGUUCUUUCUCUCACUUUUUUUGUUUUUAUUAAGUUGUAUUUAUUUAUUUAUUUAUUUUAAUUUUUUUUAGAGAAACCUGUCUUCAGUGCCCUUUCCGACAUUGCUCGCAGCUAGUCAGAUCCUUUCUUCCACAUUUAGGCUCCGCCUCCUGACACGCGUAUAAAAAUCCCAUAAACGCGCGCGCAGUGUGUCCUGUAGAAUCAUGUACGAUUCGCUCGCGCUGCUGCUGCACAGGCUCGUGCUCUUCUCCGACUUGAGCGCGCUCAAAAGCGCGUGGCCGUGGCAGAGGGCGCGAGAAAGCGCGGCCCCGACACCACCACCUACACCUUCUCUUCCUGCAGCGCACGCGCUCCCGUUGUGCCGCGGGGACAUGCUUGAGGUGCCGCGCACGCUUUUCGUGCACUUCGGUAUCUAUCUCGGUGACGACCGCGUGGCGCACCUCGUGCCCGACAUCCUGCCCGUGCUCACCGGAGAGCGCGCGCUCACCGCGGUCACCAACGCGCGCCUCGUGCUCGGCUGCAUGUGCCGGCGCGCGAGCGUACGUGUGGAUUCAGUGGCAGACUUCGCGUACGGCGCCACGGUGCGCGUGAACGCGAUGGACUACAGGCUCUCCGACGUGCGCGCCAUGGAGGGAGAGGAGGUUGCGCGCAGGGCCGAGAGGUGCGUAGGUCACGUGACCUACAGCCUGCUGUGGAAUAACUGCGAACACUUCGUCACGUCCUGUCGGUACGGUACACCUGUGAGCCUGCAGACCGACCAGUUCUGUAGUGGAGUGAAGGCGGUUGUUCGGGAUCAGAGGAGCGUCCUUCUCUCUCUCCUCCUGGGUCUCAUCUCCAUCAUUUACUUUGGUCUGGUACCAGUGACAACGUUACCCACAAUCCUCAUCUCCUUCACGUUAUGGAUGGCCGGCUGAGGUGACACACACAAAAUCCAUUGGACUACACGUGGUAGAGACGUUCUGUGUCCUCGCGUCACACUUCAGUCUUAUCCUGUGUUCCAGUACUGUUUACUUCUGUUCACUUCCUCUAAACACUUUUUAGUGCACACAAGAAACACAUGAUCGAGGGCUUUUCACUGCGAGUGCACGUCCCUUUAAUACGGGCAGCGUUUCAUUACAGGUGACUAGUGUACCUAACGAGUGUGCACACUAGCUGCAGUGUUGACUUGCUGAACAAAGUGUGUUUAAAAUGAUUGUUUUUCUCAGAACUGAUUAAUCUGCUAUUUUUGCUGUUGUGAAAAGACUGCAGUGCAUUCUGGGAAAAUUACACACACACACACACACACACACACAGUGACUUUGUCAGGCUGUGUAACAUAUUGGAGCCCUUAUGUGGUGAGGGGAAGUGAGCAAGUGCACAUAAACAGCUAUAACAGUAGUGGAAUACGGCCAAUAUUUAAAUAAUAUACAGAAUAGUCAAGUCUUUACUGAACUGUUUAUAGUUAUAUACAGUGUAAUGAUGACUUUCACAUAGUGUGUGUGUGUGUGUGUGUGUGUACAAUGAUGUAUAUAAUUAUUACUCAGUUUUUAAGCACUGAAGCAGAUCUGUGUUCUAGUUUAUAAGCUGAAAAUUUGUGUACAAUAAAAAAAAUAUUUUAGAAUCUAUUUUGAGUAUAUUUACAUGUUUUAAACUGAAUACAAACUACUGAUACUCAGCGUUACUGAAAAAGUGUUACUGAGUUUAAAGUGUGUACAUCUGUCUAAUAUGAAAAUCUUCAUCUGGUUUUAUUUGUUUUGUUUUUAUUCAUUACUUUAGUGACAUGGCUGCUUUAUCUAGCCAUAGAUUAAUCAGACCAAAUUCUAUUCAAAAUCAACAUGACUAUUAUCAUAUAAAAUAUUUAUUUAAAAAAAUGCAUUUAAAUUACAUUUCUAUAAAAAGCUGUUAACAUACAGCACACAGAGUGACCAAUCAGAGUGCAGCUGUAUAAAGCUCAGAUCUGUCCAUCGACCAAUAAAAUGACAGCAAUGCAUCAUGAAGCUUAUCCUCUCCACCAAUCAGCUCACCGAGAAAAAACUCAAAAAGACAAUUUAAUGAAAAGGUUUUGCUUAAAGUUGUUAUCAGUUAUCAGAAAUCCGUUUCACCUAACACAGAUAAGCGUGGAGAUCAUCUGUGUGUGAGCUUCCAAAAGAAUAACGUGACCUUUAUCCCUGACAAAAGUUAUUUUUUAUUAUUAUUCAGUAAUUUACAAUAUACUUGUUUAUAUAAACAUCUUCAUGGCUGACAAUCUGCAUUAAAACAUAAACAACCGAUUCAUUUGACUUUUCUUCUGAUAUGUUUGUAUCUCUUUACAUAAUGAACUAUAGUUAUAUAAUAAAAUAUAAUGAUAUAAUUAAACCAUAUUUGAUCAUUUUCUUUAAAACAAGUAGUGACUACAAAACACACCUUUUAUCACAUUUCAUUCAAAAUAUCAGAAUUAUAAAACUUAAUAACGCAGUUAUGUAUUCUUAUGAACACCUGCAUUGAGUAAAGUGUUAUUUUUAAUAAAAGUGAAUGAACACAAUGCACACGACUGUAAAUAUAUCACUGUGUUUAUUCCUGAGAAAGUUUAUAUUAAAUAUUUAACACUUCACAACAGUUACUGAACCUGAAUAAUGUGGAUUUAUAAAUAAAGUGAAUAUUUAGGAUUUAAACCAGUCAGUAAUUUACACUGAGAGACAGCGCCAUCUAGUGUACAGACAUCAUCACUCACUGACUCAUUCAUUCAAUUAAAUAAAUAUUCUUUGAUGGAAGAUAAUAAUAAUAAUAAUAAUAAUAGUGUAUAAUUUUAAAAAAGUGUCAAAUAAAAGUGUGUGUGUGAGUUUCUCAAAAUGUAUGUUUACUCUUAUGUACAGAGGAUUUUCAGUUCCUGAGACCUAAAAUAUGUCUAAUUAAAUGUCAAUUAGUGACAUAGAUAAAGCAUUUCUGUAUUGUAUUAAUAAACUACUGAACUCUGCUGUUA